CCAUGCUCUUCUUUACAGGAUACCCAGAGCUUCAUUUCGUUCCCGCAACACCUAAAUGUGUUACAAAACCCAGGAAGAAGAUGAUGAUUUAGCUUACUUUGAUUGUCUUCCAGAUGCUCUUCUUCUUCUCAUCUUCAACAAAUUGCAUGAUCUCAAAUCUCUUACCAAUUGUCUUUCAGUCUCAAAGCGUUUCCGUUCCCUUGUUCCUUUCACCGACACCAUUUUCAUCUCAAUCCCACCUCUCCCAAAGCCAAGCAAUACUGCUGCUUCAUACAUAAACAAUACUUUGAGACAGGUUUUUCACAACUUGUUCCUCAAACCAGUCAGAUGUUUCCAUCGCCUUAUGGCUUCCCCCAAGUCAACGACAAUGUCAUUUGAUAUCUCUUGUUGUCACUCAAAUGGGGUUUUGAGAAUUUUCAAGGAAAUGAAAUCGUUGCAUUUAGAGCUUCCAUUACAUGGAGCUGGUGAGUUGGGAUCAAGUAAUGGAGCUACUUUCCUUCAAUGGAAAGCAGAUUUUGGAAGCAACUUGAGGACUUGCAUUAUCGUUGGGGCUACAUCUUUUCAAAAAUGCAAUACGUUUUCAUCAUCGGCUAUUUUCUCACAACGGAAGGAAGAGCGGGUAUUCAUGGAGGAAACCGUGUUAAACGAUGACGAGCUGAAAUUAAGAGUAAUAUGGACCAUUUCUUGCUUGAUUGCUGCAUCAACGAGGCAAUAUUUGUUGAAGCAAAUCUUAGCUGACAAUCCAAACAUUCCAAUGCUUGAAAGAGUGGUGAUUUCUGAUGCAAACAAGCAAGGGAUGUUUAGUAUGGGAAAAGAAGAGCUUGUUGAGAUGAGGAACUCCAUUGACACAAAACAAGAAGCAUCAUCAUCAUCAAUGGAGAGAAGUCCAAUUCCAGAAGUGAACAUGAAACUGUGGUACUUGCCUAUGCUUGAUUUACCGGAUUCAGGGUAUGUGAUGAAAGGGGCAACACUUGUUCUUAUCAGACCUGUGGUCGAUGGGAUGAUUGAAAACAACAGUGAUGAUCCAUUGGUGGGAGAUGAAAAGCCUUUUAGUGAAGCUGUAAGGGAGAUGAUCAAAGUGAAGAAGAGUUAUUUGAUGACAAUGAGUUCUUUUUGAGAUUGUUAUAGCCUUGUUUCUUUACGUCCAUGUAACAUACUUGAUGACUUCAGAAUUUUGUCUUUGUACAUGAAUUUCUUUUUAAGUUAAAAUAUCAGUAGAUUUUUUUUUAUUAGAAAA